AUGUCCUCCAAUCUUACUGAAGAACAAAUUGCCGAAUUCAAAGAAGCUUUCGCCUUAUUCGAUAAAGAUAACAAUGGUUCUAUCUCUUCCAGUGAACUAGCUACUGUGAUGAGAUCAUUGGGUMUUUCGCCCAGUGAAGCCGAAGUCAACGAUUUAAUGAAUGAAAUUGACGUUGAUGGUAACCACCAAAUUGAGUUCAGUGAAUUUUUGGCCCUAAUGUCUCGUCAGCUCAAAUCCAAUGACUCCGAACAAGAACUCUUAGAAGCUUUCAAAGUAUUCGAUAAGAACGGUGACGGCUUAAUCUCUGCUGCCGAGUUGAAGCACGUUUUGACAUCCAUUGGUGAAAAACUGACUGAUGCAGAAGUAGACGAUAUGUUGAGAGAAGUUAGUGAUGGCUCGGGGGAAAUCAACAUUCAACAAUUUGCUGCCUUGUUAUCUAAAUAG